GGUUAUGUUUGGUCACAUGCCUAGUCACAUGACAGUAACAUAAGGUUGGGAAUAUUCUUCGUAGUCUGAUCCGUAAUCUCAUUAACCAUGUUUUCCUGUCCGGUUUGCGGCCCUAAAUUGUCAAUUUGUGGCAUCGUAAUCAGUGUUUGGGGUGUUGUUAUGUUGUCAUUAAUGGGUGUAUUUUUACACAUUCGAAGUCCAGCCUUCUUUGAGGAUCUACCUAUUUCUGAGUGGGAGUCUCACGGCUACCAAACUGAUUAUAUCAACAAUAUGUACUCGCAGGCAUCUGUGAAUUGUUUCAUCGCAGCUGGACUUUAUGUAGCAGUGCUGAUCUUUUCAAUAAUUCAACAACGACAGAAUGCCAGAGCCAGUUACGUCCUCUCCUAAUGAAAAACCAGAUGAGUUUGCAUGAUGUAGAGCACAAAAUAGUUGGGCUGCCUCUCGCGAAUUGGCUGCUUUUGAAGGAAACCAAGACGUAAACUAGAAAAUGGUGUUAAAACAGAAUGUGUAUAAAGAUUGUGCUGUGUCAGUAAUGGAAAAAUGAUUUUCUUGAAAACAAACAGAGUAAAAUGUUGAUAAGCAACAAGGUUUGCCCAAUUUUUAGAUGUGUGUGUGUAUGUGGGUGUGUGUGACAGAUUUUGUUUUUUCUUCCUAGUCAAGAAAGUUUUAGCUGUAAAUUUAAACUGGUAGCUGAAUUAAUUCAAAUGAAUGGAUAAUUACUGUGAGAUAAUUGAAUGGACUGGAAUUGAGCAAUAGAAGUGAUUUCUUUCCCCCCUUUCUUUUUGUUCAGUAUGGAAAUAUUUUUAGUAAAAACUCAUUUGAAAGAAGAUAAUAAAAAAAAACACAAACAUUCUUUGCAUUAUUUUAAUGCAUUUCUUGUAACCCCCAAACCCCUUUUUACUUCAUAUAUAUAUUUUGUUUCUCUGGGGGUGUAUGCUGUUAUUUUAUUUUUCUCUGUAAUUGUUGUUUGCAAUGGGAUCCUGUUAAUAUUGAAAUAAAAUUUGUUGAACUUUA